AUGGGCCGAAAAUAAGGCCCAGGUCCAUGGUGAUUAAACCCUAGUAAGAGCCACAUAGGCGUCAGUGAGCAUGUAUAUAUAGAACAGAAAGAACUUCAACUAGGGUUUGUGUUGUUUGAUCGAGAAACAACAAUGUCAAAGAGAGGUCGCGGUGGAUCUGCGGGGAACAAGUUUAGGAUGUCACUGGGUCUACCAGUGGCGGCGACGGUGAACUGCGCCGAUAACACAGGUGCCAAGAACCUCUACAUCAUAUCGGUGAAGGGGAUCAAGGGACGGUUGAACCGGUUGCCGUCGGCGUGUGUCGGAGACAUGGUUAUGGCUACCGUCAAGAAGGGAAAACCCGAUCUCCGUAAGAAGGUGUUACCUGCCGUCAUCGUCCGUCAGCGCAAGCCUUGGCGCCGAAAGGACGGUGUUUAUAUGUACUUCGAAGAUAAUGCUGGUGUUAUUGUGAAUCCCAAGGGUGAAAUGAAAGGUUCUGCUAUUACUGGUCCAAUUGGGAAGGAGUGUGCUGAUCUGUGGCCUAGGAUUGCAAGUGCGGCUAAUGCUAUUGUUUAAGUUGGGUUUCUAGUGUUAUUAUGUUUCUGCUACUUUAAGUUGUUUCUGAUAUUGUUUUAGGUUUAAUUGCACUCAAAGUGUCACAGAUAGUUUGUCUUUCCUUGACUUCUCAAUGAGAAGUGUUUUUUGAAGAGAUUAAUUUAUAGUUAUAAGAGUUGUUCUUGUUUAUUCUUGUGUUCUAAUUAGUAAUUGUUUGUGUUGCUUAUUCGGUUUGUGUUAUUGUGAUUGCAUGGAUUUAUCAAUAUUUUGAAUGUUGAGGAAAUAACUUGUCCUGCGUAGUGAUGAUGGACGCUAGUUUGCUUAAGACAGGUUUGGCCUUGGCCUAAAUUUCAUAUUUCAUAUAAUUUGAACACACUGACUCUAUUAGUAUGUUAUUUUCUUAACUAGAAAACUUCAAAAUUGCUACUUUUAGGUUUGGAUAAUUUUCUUGCUAGUACAGAAGAACUUAUUGCUGAUUAGCUGGUAUUUUGCUGACAACAUGCGUAUUUCGCUUUAAUUGACUUAGUAGAAUUUCUCGUGUUGGGCUCCUUUUAGAAAAGAACAAAAUUUAGACGCAGGAUAGUGCUGUUCUCUAACUAAAAUUUGUGUUUUACGCUGUUAAUUUACUCAAUAAAGUUUGACGUUGAAAGUUGGCAUACAUUACCAAUGUUAAACAUAAAUCUUAGCUGGGGAAUAGCAAAAUAAGUGCAAAAAGCACUUGUAAUGUUCUUUUGUCCUAUGCAAAUUUGUUCAAGUAAAUUGUGAGUUCGAAAGCAAGACAUGAGCGUGAGACUAGUUUAAAGCUUAAGUAUCACCAAAUGAGUCUUUUUGAACCAAUUGCAUUUAAACCCUUCAAUUUUUGCUACAUCUGUUUUGGUCUCCAGUCAUGCAAAUAAAAUAUAAUUUUUAAUAGAGGUAUUGAUGGAAGGUGUGUGAUGAUUACGUCCCAAUUCUAAACUCCCGAGGAAUCUUGGGGGAAUGAUGUGAUAUAUUUUAAAAUGAAGGUAGCAGGCUUUGUGAAUGGUGUUCUAUUAGGCAGCGUUUGAGACAGAGAGAUUUAGUGUCUUUAUUUUUUGUUUUUACAAAUUUACCUUUCCUGUCUUUGGAGCUUAAAUGUCUCUUUUUUGUUUCUACAAAUUUACCUUUCGUGUCUUUGGAGCUAAGACAAUAGUGUCUCUUUUUUUUAGGAAGGACACUGGUGUCCUUCUUAGCACCUGCUGCUCUAGCUAAUUGUCCACCCUUUCUAAAUGUGAUUUUUAUGUUAUGUAUGGCCGUGCUUAAGGGCAUAUCGGUUGAAGUAGAUUUUUCUUUUUGAUCAAUCAAAACUCCUUUCCGAACUGAAUAAGUUUCUUCUAAAGCAUAUGACUUUAUGGAUAUAGAUGAUAAUAUCUAUACAGAUGGAUUUUAUAUAUAUCGUAGAAUUCUUAUAUAUAUUGCACAAUCAAGUACCAUGAGUGGAUAUAUAGGAAUUCAAAUUUGUCGAAUCACUCAUGUUAUGAUUUUCUACAUCUUAAGUCUUCCCGUUCUUUAAUCGAGCUUAUGUUCUUCAUGUAGUAUUGAGUGUCUCUUUUUUUUGUUUUUACAAAUUUACUUUUUGUCUCUGGAGCUGAGUCUUUUUUCAGGAAGGACAUUUGUGUCCUUCAAAUUUAUGUCUCCUGUGACAUGAUACGCAUAUUUCUGUGUCUCUGUCUCAAUGUUUCUGUCAUGCAACUAAAUCUUGUCUAAAAGAUAAUAAAUUAUAAUCAAGUAUUUGAAAAGAAGCCGUAUUUUCCUACCUCCAAAGUUUUUAGUAAAGCAACGUAGAUUAGUAGAAUAAUGAUUUGCUAGUGUUAAUAUGCUUAUAAUAAAUUUUUAACUGUUGUGAAAUCUAAUGGCUACAUUUUUGUGUGACGCAUACUUAAGAGAAAAGAUUACUAUUGU